GCUUCAGGCCUUCACCUUCAGCUUCCUUCAAUGAAGUCUCCAAGUGUUGAAAUCAUCUCAGAUGUUUUCAUCAAACCAAAAUUAGUAUCAGAAGAAGCCAAGAAACCCAUUUACUUCUCGCCAUGGGAUUUACUUCUGUUUAAUAUACAUUACAUCCAAAAGGGUUUACUUUUCCGGUUACCCGAAAAUCUAGAUUUCUCCAUCGCCACCUUCCUGGAAGACCUCAAAGACUCUCUCUCCGUCACACUGACUCAUUUUCACCCACUCGCCGCCCGUUUUGCCACCGUUAAACGACAAAAUCCACCUUCUUUGGUCCUCUUCUUGAAUCAUGAGAACAGUCCUGGAGCAAGAUUCAUUCAUUCAACUGUCGAUUUGAGGGUGGCGGAUGUUAUUGAACCGACGGAUGUACCGUUGAUUGUUCAAUCGUUUUUCGACCACCACGAUGUUAUCGCUCACGAUGGUCACCAACUGUCGUUGCUGUCGAUUCAGGUGACGGAACUCAUCGAUGGAAUCUUCAUCGGUUGCUCCAUUAAUCAUAUGGUAGUUGAUGGAACCUCCUACUGGCAUUUCUUUAACUCCUGGUCCGAAGUUUUCAGAUCAAAAACACAAAACGGACAUUUAACUCCCGUCUCGCGUCCUCCCAUUCUCGAAAGAUGGAUUCCGGCAGGAUCCGACCCGAUUAUCAGCCUCCCGUUUGCAGAUGACUGUGAACUCAUCGACAGAUACCGUCAACCUUUUUUAAGAGAAAGAAUAUUUCAUUUUUCUUCGAAUUCUCUCUCUAAGCUCAAAGCGAAAGUGAACUCAGACUGCAAUACAACCAAGAUUUCCACGUUGCAGGGGCUCUCCGCCCUUGUGUGGCGGUGUGUAACACGUGCCCGGCGGUCACCGGCAGAUCAAGAAACCGGCUGCAGAUUGGCCGUGAACAACAGGAGCAGAAUUCUCCCGCCGGUGUCUGAAAGCUACUUCGGUAACAUGGUCUCCAUUGUGACAGGAAAAACAACGGCGGGGGAGUUGCUGGAUCAGAGCAUCGGGAGGGCGGCGUGGCGGUUGCACGAGGCGGUGGUGAACCAUGGUGAUAAAGCGAUCAAGGGAUUUGUUGAUUCGUGGUUAAAGAAGCCGUUUGUGUUUAAACUGAGUCAGUUUCUUGAUCCCAAUGUGGUGCAUAUGGGGAGCUCGCCAAGAUUUGAUAUGUAUGGGAACGAGUUCGGGUUGGGGAAAGGAGUGGCGGUUAUGAGUGGGUAUGCUAAUAAGUUUGACGGCAAGAUGACGCUAUACCCUGGCCGGGAGGGCGGAGGAAGCAUGGACUUGGAAGUCUGCUUGUUGCCGGAAAACAUGGCUGCUUUUGAAUGUGAUGAUGAAUUCAUGAGUGUUGUUAACGGAGAAAAACCCAUUUGAAACACCAUUAACCCAUGUAAUAAAACAUUACCACCUUCAGUUUUAUGGGCUUCAAUAAAAAUAUAAUCGUUUUCAGUU